UGUCUUCUUCUUCUUUUUUUUUUUUUUUUUAAAGAAAUUUAUGUACAGAUAAUGAGAAACUGAGUUCUGAUCUCUGGAAAAAUUUCAAGGAUCUGCCAAUCUGUGUGAGUCAAGUGCCUUGCAUACAUUGGACCUGAGAAUUAUAAAACUAGCUACUGUUUAGGCUGUUUUGGUUUGUUUGUUUGUUUGUUUGUUUUUUGAGUCAUUUUUAAUGAAUACUGUGAAUGGUUAAUCUUCAUUGUCAACUUGGCUGGAACUGGAAUCAGUUAGGAGACACACUUCUGGGUGUGUCUCUGCGGGCAUAUCCAGAGAUCUUUCAUUGAAGAGGGAAGGCCCUGAAGGUAGGUGACAGCAUUAAAGGUAGGUUCAAUAUGAGCUUCAUUUCUAUAAAGGAGAAAGUGAGCCGAGCACCGGGGUCCACCCUCUGCUUCCUAGCUGUGGGUGGGAUGUGGCCAGCUUCUCACACUCUUAUUCCUACCAUGGAUGGACAGUACCUUCAAACUGUGAGCCACAGGAAGCCCUUCCUUAAGUUGCCUUUGUCACAAUGAAAAGCAACUAAUAUAAAUAUUAUGUAUUAGAAGUGGCCUGUGUUAUCAAGUGGACUAGAUCAUAAAAGCCUUUACAGCUUUUGCUCUCUGUUGGAUUUGCUCUAGGGGAAGGAUAUACUAGCAACUUUAAAGAGAAUUCCACAUGGUGACAAAUUGAUGUCACUUGUCCAUAGCUUAUGAGUGACACAUGUGAGCAAGUCAGGAUUUCAGAUGACUGUAGCUCAGACUGAUAUUUUGCCUGCAGUGCUUGGCUAGACUGUCUCUGAAAGUCUAACCCAUAUGAAGUGUUAGACAAUAUAUGUUUAUUACCAUUUUAAUUAGCUGAAAUAAGUGCAAGGUCAUUUGUCAAAAGACCCAAGUAUAUAAAUUAAUUAAUUAAGAUCAUUUAAAAAGCAGGAUGUGAAGUUUAUUUUUUCUUUCUUCUUCCUUUUUUUCUUUCUUCUUUUUUUUUUUUUUUUUUUCAGAGCAAGAGCCAGCACAUGGGGCCUUGUAUACAACCUGCAUUGUGUUCUACAGUGAGCUGUAACCUUUGGUUUUCAUUCCUCUUGUGUUUGCUUUGUAUAUGUUUGAAAUUUUUUAUGAUACAAAUUGAAUCUAGGAUUUCUACUGCAUAAUUACCUAAAUAACCUCCAGGUAGUUUAAGUUUAAGAAUACCCAAUAAAUGAUCAUCUUUUAUACAUCCAGAUAGGAAAGGGAUUCUCAUUCUGGGGAUUUUUAUGUUACAAUGCUAGCGAUUGAAUUCAGGGCUUGACAUGUGCCACCACUGAACUAAGCUCCCUACGUUUUAAAAACACUGUCUGUAUCUGUGUAUGUCUGUGUCUAUGGGUAUGAGAGUGCAAACGUCUGUGGAGUUCUGACAAGGGUAUCAGAUCCUUUGGCACUGGAGUUACAGGCAGUUGCGAGCUACUGGUCGUGGAUCUAGGGAUCCUCUUUGGAUCCUCUUUGAGUCAGCAUACACUUUUAACCUCUCAGUCAUCUCUCCAGCCCCCUCCCCACCCCCUUCCUUGAGACUGGAUCUCAUUAUAUAACCCAGGCUGGUCUUGAAAUUGCAAUUGAUCUUCUCAUAUGGUUUCUGAGUACCUGAAUUAACUGGUAAGUUGUACCCUCUCUCUCUUCUUCCUUUUCCUUGGAAUAAUGUGUUCACUAGGCAGCUCCUGCUGGAACUUGCUAUGCAGAGUUGGCUGGCCGCUAAUAAAGAUCCUCUUGCCCCUGCCUCCAGAGAGCUGGGAUUAAAGGCAUGUGCCACUGCAUCCACCAGAGAGAGGAAUUCUUAAAACAAGGAUCAUAAGUAAAAGAUACAUUUACCUUCAUUUUAAAAAUGACUACUUAUUACAUGAUGGACCUCAAUCUGAAAAAAUUAUAUUGUCCCCACGUAUAAUAAAGAAAAAUAGUGGGCUGGAGAGAUGGCUCAGCCGUUAAGAGCAUUGGCUGUUCUUCCAGAGGUCCUGAGUUUAAUUCCCAGCAACCACAUGGUAGCUCACAAACAUCUGUAAUGGAAUCUGAUGCCCUCUUCUGGUAUAUCUGAAGACAGCUACAGUAUACUCAUAUAAAUAAAAUAAAUCUUUAAAAAAAUAAAGAAAAAUAGUGUCUGAAUAUAUAAGUAACUACCACAAAUCAACAAGAAAACAAUAACCUGUAGGAAAAUGGGUCAGUGGUAUGAUUGUAUAAUAUAGAAAAGAGAGACAAACAGCCAAUAAGCCAAUAAGCAGACCAGAAGCAGGGCACCGUGCCACGUUCCUUCAGUUCCAGCCACUCAGGUUGCUAAGUCAGGAAGGGCAAUGGAGCCUAGGGUUUCAGAGCCAGACAGGGCACUAAUACAAGAGUCAAUUUGUCUGUCUGUGUAUGGGUGCUCGACCUGCAUGUACAUUUAUGUAUCACUUACAUGGAGGCCAGAAAAGGGCAUUAAAUCCCUUAUAAGUUCAGUUACAGCUGGCUGUGAGCUCCAUGAGGGUGCUGGGAUCCGAACCUGGCUCCUCUGCAAGAGAAGCUAGUACUCAACCAGAGUUAUCUCUCCAACAUCAUUUUUUUUUUUGAGAUAGGGCCUCAUGUGGAUGAGGCUAGCUUCCAACCUAAUAUGUUGUAGAAGAUGACUUCGAGCUUUUUUUUUUAAGACUUAUUUAUUUUAUGUACGUGAAUCCACUGUUACUGUCUUCAGACACACCAGAAGAAGGCAUCAGAUCCAUUAUAGAUGGUUGUGAGCCAACAUGUGGUUGCUGGGAAUUGAACUCAGGACCUCUGAAAGAGCAGACAGUGCUCCUAACAGCUGAGCCAUCACUCCAGCCCAACCUUGAACUCCUGACCCUCCUGUGUCUGUCUAUGUUUGGAAUGCUGGGAUAAGAGGCAUUCACUAUGUUGUUAAAUUCCUUCCCGGGGAAGAGAUGGUCAACAUCUACAUCUUCUCCUAAGGUCCUAGCAACCGUAGGGACCUAAAUGGAGGGAAACAAUACAUUUAUUGAGAGCAUGGGGGAGGGGCUAGUUACAGGUAUGUGUGCGUUCCUUCCUCAGUAGGAUGCACAUGAAAGCUUUUUCUUCGAAUAGCUGAGGGCUUCCCUACAUUGAGCCUCUUCCCCUAGUCUUCUUUGGCCUAUGUAUUCUUGUCCCUCCCAGAAGCCACCUGCAAUUAGGGCAGAGUUGCAUAUAACAGGUGGUAGGAAGCAGCUAGAUACUCAAGUGAGGGUCUUUUGACAUUAUCUACCCCUUGGCCUGGAGGACAGUCAUUCAGGAUACAGCACCACACCCAGUUUAUGUAGUGCUGGACAUUGAGGUUUUGUGUGUUGCACAAGCGAUGCGCCAGCUGAGCUCUAGCUGCAGCCCAUAAGGCCCAGUUUGUUCUUAAAAGAUAACUAGAAGUGAAAAACCAUCCUGCAGAAUCAGAAUGUGUGUUAGACCCCAUAGCGAUCAACACCCAGGCCCUAGUGGCUUUAACAGUGACUAGUUGACAUAUUUCUGGGAAAUCUCUGGGACAUAUCUGCAGAUUCAACCUGAAUCAGAAUAACUCAGAACAAAAAUGUCAUGUGUAUUGAGUUUAUGCAGAUUUAAAAUCACUGUUAUUCUUUGACAGCUAGCUGCCUUUAUUUAUUUUAUAUUCUUUUGAAUUAGGGUUUUGGUUUGUUGCCCAGGCUGGACUUGAACUCCUGAGCUCGAGUGACCAUCCUGGUUCAACCUUCUGAGUUUUGGUAUUACAGGUAUGUGCUACCACAUCAUUUUAUAUGAGAGAUUUGUGCAUCCAAAGAUUCUGAUGUCUCAGGGAGUAUCUUUGAACUAAUUAAUCACCCACACACCCCAUACCCCAGACUCCUCCUCUUCCCCUUUCUGAGCCCCACAGCAUUUCCUAGAACAUUUCUAUCCUGGAAUUAAGCUCCGAUUGUUUUCAAGAGGAACUGGUUUGAUAUCGUCUCUUGUAGUAAUCACCCUCCCUUCCCAACUCCUUCUCGCUGCACUAAGUGCUUCCUGGAAUCCCGAGUAUACAUGCUCUACUCCUCGCCUCAGGAUUCCUGUCUGGGAGAACCUCUACUAAUAUCAAAACUAUCUCUAUUCUUUGCCAGCAUGGAUGAAACCUGAAUCCUGAUGACUGUGGGAACUUUCCAUAAGGGAAAAGGUGCGCACAAAGACAGACCAGACUAUAGGCACACACUGCCCAAGCCCCAGGCUCUGUUCAUAGACCUCCCAGAUGUCUACUUUCUUCCAGUCUCCACUGGUGUCAACAACUGGCACCAUAAGACUUUUCAUUUUUAUUUUUGAGAUUAUAAUGUAGUUACAUCUUUUCCCUCUUCCCUUUCCCCCCUCCACUUUCAGCCUUGACUUGCCUGGGUUCAUAGCUAAACUCUACCUGAUGCUUAACAUUCUCUUUCCCCUGUCUCCCAGGUCUCAUUGUGUAGCCUUGGCUGGCCCAGAACUUUCUAUGUAGACCAGGCUGGCCUGAGAUCCACAGAGAUUAGCAUUUCUCUGUCACUUGAGUGGUGGGACUAAAGGCCUGUGUCAGGAGUGGAGGCAGGGGGAUGGGAGAAGGGACAAUGGUGUGGCCCCUGGUAGGGGAGCAGGACACUAUGUAAGGCAUGUCAAGUGUGUAGCCUGUCUGGAAAGUAGGAUUUGCUCCAGGAAACAGAAGAGGCAGAAUCUGUGGAGUAGCCCACUGGGAGACCUGCUGUAUAAUGACAGUAUUUGCAUAGGGAACCCAUGAGACCCAGGGCUAUAAACAAGAUUUAUGAUUUCAGGAACACAGCCUUGGCAGUGGAAGAGCAUUGGGCAUGCAAGGCCUAGAGACCAUUGCUAAUGAGCACCACUUCCCAACCACGGUGCCCCCAGCCACGCUGCCCCCAGCCAUGGUCCUUCCAGCCAUGGUACUCCCAGACUCGCUGCAGUCAGAUGUGCAAAGCUCUUUUAACUUUUAAAGGGAAUGUCAAAGAAUAUAUGGACUCCUUUUGAAAAAUCAGCAUAAUAUUUAGUUCGAUAGCUAGCUGUAAUUUGAGUUCUGUGUUCUUUCAAGCUUAUAUUUCUAUAAUUGAUCUUAACCAAAGGCCAGGAAGUGAUUCCAGCUUCUAUUUCUGAUCAACUUGCUUGAUUUUUCUAUGCUAUUCUUACAUAAGAUAGAAGCCGUUGGUUGGGGCUAUAUAGUCACAUGCCAGAUAACAGACACAUAUAUUGUAUACCACAGUGGACCCAUAGACUAUAUCACUCAGUGAUGGUGUAGCCAUUUUAGCUGAUGAAGUACUGUCUGUGAUGUUUUCACAGUGAUGGAAUCGAGAGACAGAGCAUUUCUCAGAACAUAGCCUAUGUUAAGCACAGUUUGUAGCAUGAUCAACUCCCAUUGCUUUCAUUAGUGAUUAGAACACUUAUCGGUGCUCAUUAGGGAGAAAUGCAGUGUCUUCCUCCGAGUCUCUUUCUUUUCUAAUAAAUUGUCCAAGAAGCCUGACACCUGUUCCAUUUAAAAACAGCCAGUUCAGCUUCCAACUAAGUCAGCCAAGCCAUGGUUAUCCAUUGACUUAGAAAAGGCAGGCCAGGCAGAGGAGCCCCUGACUGACUGAGAAGAGUUCCUAUUUGCACAGACACAGUAUGGGUAAAUGUUGCAAAAGUGACAAGUGUUAGGUAAACUGUUCAAAGAUCACCUGGGGAGUGUAACUGACUGGCAGUCCCUCUGGCUUCCUCAUGGGAUUGUAUUAGUGCAGGCUGAUUCCUGAGAGAGUCAGAACUUCUCCAACUGGCAAAUUGGCUCCAGGGCUCCCCACUGGCUCAGCGAGUGUUUUCUCAGAACUAUAUCUAGGUAGAAGACUCCUCUUAACUGGUCUCCCCUUCUCCCUUUUCUCCACAGCCAUCAGGGCUUUAUUACAGCCUGAUUCAUCUCCUUGCCUUCUCUGGCUUCUUUCCCCUUUACCAUUUGCAGACAUUCCUCUUAAUAAGUACCUUGCCUGUCUGAUUGUUUUGACAUCUGCUUCUGAAUAGACUGCCAGGGAUACCCAGAUACCCAGUGCCAGAACUGGUUCCUACAGGCUGGAGAGAAGAGUUUAUGCCUUGAUUCUCAAUUCUGCACUCAAUGACAUGUUGGUAGCUUGAAAGAUGUCCUGGUGGGAACACUUGGUACAAUAGAAGUCAACUAAUGAUACAUAAGUGGGCUUUUCUUUCCCAAGUGAGCUGCUGGUUAGACGUUUAUCAGCACGCCUCUGGUACAGACUCAGUAGAAAUGCCCGUCUGUUGGCAUAUGCUUUUAAUUCCACCAGUCAGGAGCCAGGGGUAGACUGAUCUCUAUGAAUUCAAGGCCAGCCUGGUGUACAUAGAUUCCGGCACAGCCAGGGAUACAUAGAAAACACUAUCUCAAACCCACAAAAGGAAUUAAAAAUUAAAAAUGAAGUGUAAGGAAAUCACCAAGCAGCCUGGUGUGGUGGUUUCGAUGAGACUGGUCCCUGUAGGUUCACAGACCCGCAUAGUCAGUCUCCAGUGGAUGAGCUGCCAGGGAAGGAUUAGGGGGUGUGGCUUUCUUGGAGUAGGUGCUGCUUCAUUGGUGGAGGUGUGUCAGUAGAGGUAGGCUUUGAGGUUCAAAAGACCACACCUUUGAACCCAGACAGGCCCAGUCUGUUUGUCUCUGUCUCUCUGUUUCUGUGCCUGCUGCUUAGGAUCAGGACAUAAAGCCAUGCCUACCUCCAUGCCACUAUGCUCCCCACCAUGAUGAUGAUGGACUAACCUUCCAAAACUGGAAGCAAACUCCCUAGUUAAAUGGUCUCAUUUAUAGGAGUUCCUAUGGUCACUGUGUCUCUUCACAGCACUAGGACACUGAGACACCUGAGUUAAAAUCCUAGACUGAGGAGCUCAGGUGAACACUUGGCACUCACCUACUGUGUACAAAGUACUGUGUUCAAUCAUCAUUACUGGGAGAAAAACGUUUUGUGAUAGCUGGCUGCAGGGGCUGAAGCCUCUAAUACAGACCCUGAGAGACAGAGGAGGAGAACCACCUCAAGUGUGAGGUCAAGCCGGGGCCACUGAGCAAGACCUUGUCUUGACAAAGCAAAAAGCAAACAGACACACAUUCCCAGACUCAAACUAGAAACUCCCCAAAUGUCUCCCAGGAACAGGAUAAGUUAACAAUUUGUCAUAAAAUUUUAUAUAUUUUUUUUUUCGUACAAAAGAAUAUGAGAUAGAAAAUAAGUGGCCUACUAUUUUAAGUAAUAUGGCCGGAUAUCACAAAUAGACUUCUUAGUGAAAGAAGCAAGACAUAAAAGAACUCAUUCUGUAGAGUUCUGUUUAUACGAAGUAAAACCAACAACAUAGUAAAGCGAAUCUAUGCUGUACAAAGUCGGAAGAGUGACCCCUUGGCUGUGGUGGUGUGGCAGGAGCAGGCUAGAGGAGACCCGACAGUGUCCUGAUUCCUUCUCUGCGUUCUGGUUAUUUGUGUACGUUUACUUUGAGGAGUUCCAUGGUUGUAUGUAUGUUUUACUUUUCUGCAUUCAUGCUAUACUUUAGUACAGAGUUUUAAAAGGCAUAUUGUAUAGGGUAUUUGUAACCACGAGCCACUCUAGUGGGCUCUUGUGCAUGCAAAACUUCUUUUCUUUCUUAUUUUAUAAAAUAUAUUAUUUUAUAAAACAAUUUUCAUGAGUUUAAACCCAUGAGCAGUAUAAGAUCACACGGAUUCUGUGUCCAGUGGCCUUUGCAGGCAGGUUGCUUUGGAAUUAAACAUUUAGUCCAUGGGCCCCUAUCUUAGUUACUGUUCUGUUUGCAGUGAAAGGAUGCCAAUGACUGAAGUAGCUUAUAAAAGAAAGCAUUUAACAGAGAGCUUGCUUACAGUUUCAGAGGGUUAGUGCUUGAAUAUCAUGACAGGGAGUCUGGUAGCACACAGGAAGGUAUGGGACCAGAGCAAUACCUAAGAGCUUACAUCUGAUCAGAAAGUUGCAGGCAGAGACAGAGACUGGGCCUGGUGUGGGCUUUUGAAACCUCAAAGGUCACCUUUGAGUAACACACCUCCUUCAACAAGGCUACACCUCCUAAUCCUUCCUAAAAAACGUCACCAACUGGGAACCAACCAUUCAAUGUGUGACUAUGGCCAUUCUCACUCAAACCACCACAGGCCUGGAUUCCCCAACCUCCACCCCUGGCCAUUACUCUUACUUUGUUUAGUUUCCCUCCAGAAGUACCGGAGUUCUUUUUUUUUUUUUUUUUUUUUUUUUUUUUUUUUUUGCUUUAUACACAUGUUCAUCACACCUAAGUAGACUUCAGUUUCAUCUUGAGCAUACACUCCUUCAUUUUAAGAAGAGUCAUGCUCUCUCUUUGGUUCUGAGGUCUUAUCUUAUAGCCAGCAAGGCCGCCGCAGGUGUUGGGAGCACAGCACAAAGAUCUCCAGAGAAACCAGGAAUGUCUUUCCAAUGGCAAAGAUGUAAAAAACCUUUUCUUCCACCCAAAAUUCUGAAAGUUGGAAAUGAUUAAUGGCCUGAUUUUUCUUCCUUCCUCUUUCACUGUGUUUCUUAUAACACUCUUUUUUUUAAAAAAAGAUUUAUUUAUUAUUAUAUCUAAGCACACUGUAGCUGUCUUCAGACACACCAGAAGAGGGUGUCAGAUCUCACUAAGGAUGGUUGUAAGCCACCAUGUGGUUGCUGGGAUUUGAACUCAUGACCUUUGAAAGAACAGUCAGUGAUCUUACCCACUGAGCCAUCUCUCCAGCCCCAUAACACUCUCUUAAUAAACCAUUUCUUCAUAUGAUGCUUCAGGCUCCACUUUUGGAGACACUGUUUUAGUCUAUUCUUUGUUGCCAUUAACAGAAUAUCUGAAAUUGGAAAAGUUGAUUUGGCAUCUAAGGAUGCCCAAGACUAUGAUGUAGUGAGAAACUUGUGGUGUUUUAAUCCACAAUGGCAAGAAGCAGGCAAGUAAGUCUAUUCAGAGAGAAGCAAGAGAAACCCAAGGUAGCUGAACUCACUGUAUCACAACCAGUUCUCCUGGAAACUAACCCAGUGUCAUGGGAGUAAGAACCCCGGUGGCAGAGGCAUUAAUUAACUCAUCUGAGUAAGCACUACUCAUAGGUCUUGUGGUAGUUUGAAUGAGAAUGGCCCUGUCUUAGUUAUUGUUCUAUUGCUGUGAAGAAACAUCAUGACCAAAGCAACUUACAGAAGAAAGCAUUUAAUUGGGAGCUUAAUUACAGUUUCAGAGGGUGAGUCUAUUAUCAUCAUGACAGGAAGUGUGACAGGCAGGCAUAGCACUGGAGCAGUAGCUAAGAGCUUACAUGGGGAUCUACAAGCAGAGGCAGAGAGAGCAUGAAACUGGACCUGGCAUAGGCUUUUGGAACUUCAGAGCCCACUCCUAGCGACACACCUUCUUCAACAAGGCCAUACCUUCUAACCCAUCCCAAACAGUUCCACCAACUGAGGACCAAGUCUUCAAUGAGCCAGCGGGGGCCAUUCUCAUUCAAACCACUAUAGACCCCAGUAGGCUCACAGGACCCAGGUUCAGUUCCCUGGCACCUGCAUGGAGGUUCAUAACCAGGCAGUUCAUAAUGAUUCUUCUAUUUACAGCUUAGACAUAAAGCAUUCCUGGUUAAAGGCUGGUUUUGUUUGUCAUUGGCAGUAACAUUUCUGGGACCUGGAAAUGGCUGCUUGAGGAAGGACCAGUGAAGAAAGGGUAGCAUAAAUUCUGGGUACAAAGGCUUAUAGAGUUAUGGUGUGAAAGAAAAAUCCUCAUAGGCUCGGGUAUUUGAAUACUUGGCCUCCAGUUGAUGGCACUGUUUGGGGGAGAUUAUGGAGCCUUUAGGAAGUGAAGGCUGGCUGUCUUUAGGUCAGGCUUUGAUGUUGCAUAGCCUGGUCCCACUUCCUGUUAUUCCCCUCUGCUACCUAUGUAUGGAUGAAGUCUGAUCUUUCUGUCUCCUAUGUGCCAGGCCACCUUUAUAUUCCUGCCAUGCCUUGUCUGCUGCGAUGGACUAUAUCCCUUCUGGAACUAUAAGCCAAAGCAAACAUGUAUUCCCUAGCAUGCUUCCCCCCACCCCCGUUAAGGUGCAUUUUACGAGUGUUUUGCCUGAAUGUAUGUGUGUGUACUAUCUGCAUAUUUGGUACACGAAAAGAUCAGAAGAUCUCAUCUGAUUAUCUAGAUCCCCCAGAGCUAGAGCAAUGGAAGCUAUUUAUGAACCACCAAGUGGGUGCUGGGAACUAAAUCUGGAUCAUCUGCAAGUAGAUUUAACCUCAGGGCAGUCUCUCCAGCCUCCAACUUGCUUUUUCUCAAGACAUUUUAAACAUAACUAAUUCAUAGAGCUCAAAAGACAUACUUUCAGAGGCCUGACCAGACAUGACACAUAGCUUACUAUCUAUGUGUAUAUUUGAUUUUAUGAUCAUACUGAAUUCUUUAUUCCUUUCUCUUCCUUCCUUUCCUCCUUCCUUUUCUUUCUUUCUUUCUUUCUUUCUUUCUUUCUUUCUUUCUUUCUUUCUUUUCUUUCUCUCUUUCUUUCUCUUUUUCUUUCUUUCUUUCUUUCUUUCUUUCUCUCUCUCUCUCUCUCUCUCUCUCUCUCUCUCUCUCUCUCUCUCUCUCUCUCUCCCUCUCUCUCUUUCUUCCUUUCUCUUUCUCUCUUUUGAGACAGGAUCUUCUUCUACAUAGCCCUGACUGGCCAGGAACUCACUUUGUAUGCCAGGCUGGCUUUGAACUCAGAGAUCCACCUACCCCUGCCUCCCAAGUGCUGGGAUUGAAAGAGCAUGUGUUACUACCCCUAGGUGAGUAUUUUUGUUUGUUUUAAAUUUAUUACUGUGUGUGCUCAUGUUAUGGGAUGAGUAUGGAGGUCUGAAGACAAUGUUGUGGAGUCAGCUCUCUCCUUCUACCUUUAUACAGGUUUCAGGGGUUGAACUUAAGUUGCCAGCUUUACACGGCAAGCAUCUUUACCCACUGAGCCAACCCUUUCUGGUUUUUGUUUUUUUUUUUUUUAUUAAAAAUCUUUUAAAUAGGAUCUGUCUAUUAUGUAUCUCUGAUUUGUCCUGGAACUUACUCUGUAGACCAGGCUGGCCUCACAAAGAUCCACCUGCCUCUGCCUCCCCAGUGCUGGGACUGGAGUCAUGUACCACCAUGAGUAGUCUCACCAGCCCUUUCUUGAUGAAUUCUUAAUUGGGUCUACAUCACUAGACCUCUUGUCCUUGUUGAAAGUGAGUUACAGGAUAUGUUAGUUUUUUGUUGUGUAACCAGUCAUUCCCAUUACUGGCUUAAACAAGUACUCUUACUUAUUUUGCUCAUAUACUAGUAACUUGUGUUUGGCAGGGAGUCCUUGUCUUGGCUACUUGAUUAUCUGGUACUCAAGUGAGACGUCUUGAGUGGCUGUAGAUUAGAAAGGUUGGAGCAUAGCUACCUUCUAGUAUGGCAAUUUCAGAAAAGUGGAAUUCUUUGAUGGCCCCUGGCUUUCCCCAGAGCAAGUGUUCCGAGACAGCUGGAAAGAAUCGUCAAGAUUUUGUGUGACCCAGGAAUCUCAGACUGGAAAAUCCCAGAAAGGCUUCCUCUCUUCAUGGCAGGAGACAGUGUUAGCCUCUUUUGUGCUUCUGUGAGCAAAAUGCCCUGGCAAAAGCAACUUAAGGGAAGAAGUAUCUAUUUUGGCUCUUGUUAACAGAAGGAUUUCAGUCUCUCACACAGGGAAGGCGUGGCAGAGUUCCCAGCUGUCUGUGGCAGAGAGACGCAUGGAGUGGAGGAUGGCUUACAUGGUAGCAAUACAGAAUAAGGGAAAGCAAGGAGAACCAGAGGCAGGAGCACGCUCCAAGGCAGCGCAGCCCACAGGCUUCCAAACAGUGCCAGAAGCAGGGAGCUAAGGGUAAAACAGGAGCGGGGGCCGUGGGGAGAGGGGGAGAGGCGGGCACGGGGAUAGGUGAGAUUCAAUAGGAGACGUUGUAACUGUGUAGUCUACCACAUGACCAUGGUAGGUCCAUGUCUCCUGCUUCCUUCUUUCAUCAUAUACAGCCGUAUGUAGAACACAGUAGAGGAGAAAGAGAAAAGACAAAGAAAUGAACAAAUGUGAAGACUGGAAUCUGGUUUGGAGCCCUGGGAUAGCUGGGGUGAGGCUGCUGUGUAUGCAGUUCAGCUCUACCAGGCCUUCAGGGGAUGCAGAGUGAGCAAGGUCAGGGCCUGCGCUGGACACUGGUGUCUGACUAUGGGUGCACUCCAAUUCUCUACUCCCAGGUUAAUCAGAGAGGUUUCAUACAUGUAUGUGAGGUUUUCUUUGUUUUCCAGGACCAGGUGCCCAAACUCUCAAGUACCUGCAUAAGUAUACUCUGCACAGCCCAAGAUUAUGAGGCAAAGUUCUGAUUAGCCUCUCUAAAGCAGGCUGAAACAUUGCUUGAAAGAGCAAUGGGCCUCUCACUGGAUGAGACACAGGAAAGAUUUGUUCCUAUUUAGAUAAUGUAGACUUGAUGAGAAAUCUUGCUUGUCAACUUGACUGUAUCUGGGAUCAACAACAACACAAGCACAUAGGCAUUCUUGGGAAGAACUGGUUUUUCUUUUUAAGACUAGGAUUCUCUAUGUAGCCCUGGCUGUUCUGGAAUUCACUCUGUAGACCAGGCUGGCCUCACAGAGAUCCACCUGCCUCUGCCUCUCAAGUGCUGGGAUUAAAGGUGUGGGCCACCAUUUCUUGGGCAUGAAGAAUUGUCUUAAUCAGAUUACCUGAAGCAGGAAGACUCAUUCUAAAUCUGUGUAGCACUUUCUCAUGGCAGAUAAGAGGACAGAGAAGAAGAAACUUUGCUUUCUGUCUGCUUGUUCUUAUUCUUGGAGGGAAGGUCAUCUAUCAAGUUUCUGCAGCGUUACCUCACUGAUAUUAGAACUGACUUCUUUGGAUCAGCAGUGAGAUCUCCAGGAAUCUUUUAGGACUCCAGCACCGAAUUGGGACUGUGGAGUCCAGUCUUGUGGAUCAAGCACCUUUCUAGGGUGGGACAGCCAUUGUUGAACUACUUGGACUGCAUCCUGUAAGCCAACUAAAUAGAUCUCUAUCUAUCUAUCUAUCUAUCUAUCUAUUCUUUUAGUGGAACAACUCAGAUGGCUAAAACAACCCAUAUGGCUUCUUCACUCAGUGACUGUUCUUCCAGCUAUAAGCUUACCAGAUUCAUUUGCCUGGGACCUUUUCUCUCCAUAUGACCUCUGUAUGAAUCUUUCCAAGGUGGAAGAGCAGGAGAAUCCCAGGACAACAAAUAAACAAAUACCUCCCAAACCAGACCAAGCAACAAAAGAAACAAAAAAUAAGAUCAGAGCUGGAACUGACACGUUAUCUCUUUACCAUAUCCUUCUAUCGGUUUAAUAUAGUCAAGGUCCAGCGUACAUUCCAGGGUAGUGGCCCAUACAAGGUUAUGCUAUUGGGAAGUAUGUAUCAUUGGGAGUAGGAGAGGCACUGGCGUUAGCAAGAAGGGUGUGCAAGCUGAGAGCGCUCCCGGUAAUUCUGGGCUGUUCUUUCUUCAGAGAAUAUGGAUAGGUCGUGGGGUACAAGAUAAUGCUAAACUUCUCCUGCAGAAUUUAAGGUACACAUAGACAUGGUCUGCCACUGGUUCAAUCCGCUCGCUAUCAAGGAAAGCCUGGCUGUGUGUGCAUUCAGUCAGUUACACAUCUAUUCAUAUGCAGGUGCUUAAUUAACACACGUGCCAUUUUGUUAUCCCUAGUUUAGAAACGCGAAUGCAGUAAGUACUACUUCUUCAGGUCUCAGCUAGCAACACACGACAUCAUUAGCCUUUUGGGUCCGGUUUCUCACCAAAAUGGAGUUGGGGUUAUAAGCUGAGCUUUGGAGGCGUCCAAAGGGUAACACUUACCACAGUCAGCUUGUCUAGCAGAGCCAGGCAGCCACUGUAAGGAGGUACUGGCUAACUCGUCGUAGCGCGGUGCGGAAAGCAAAGAGCCUCCGUAGACUAGGCGAUGUUCAUCCGCGCUAAGACCCUGGCAUUGAGCAGGUCUACAUGCUGGGCACGCCGGAAGACCACGGCCCUGGUCCCGCCCCCGCGCAUGCCAGCCCCGCCCCUGCCCGACGCACAGCGGGAGCCCCGCCUUGGAUAUGGACCCGCCGGGCCACCGUCGCCCGGCCCCGCCUAGCACGGCCAGGCGAAGGGGAGCCGGCGUGCGGGGUGUGUAUGUGUUCGCUGGGCGCCGGCUCAGCCCCAGGAAGAUGGUGGCGGUGGCGGCGGCGGCGGCGACUGAGGCGCGGCUGAGGGGGAGCACGACGGCGACAGCAGCGCCUGCGGGCAGGAAGGGCAGGCAGCACCGACCCUGCACCGCGACAGGGGCCUGGAGGCCGGGACCGCGCGCCCGGCUGUGUCUACCGCGGGUGCUGUCGCGGGCGCUGCCCCCGCCGCCGCUGCUGCCGCUGCUCUUUUCGCUGCUGCUGCUGCCGCUGCCCCGGGAGGCCGAGGCCGCUGCGGUGGCGGCGGCGGUGUCGGGCUCGGCCGCAGCCGAGGCCAAGGAAUGUGACCGGCCGUGUGUCAACGGCGGCCGCUGCAACCCUGGCACCGGCCAGUGCGUCUGCCCCACGGGCUGGGUGGGCGAGCAAUGCCAGCACUGCGGGGGCCGCUUCAGACUAACUGGCUCUUCUGGAUUUGUAACAGAUGGACCUGGGAAUUAUAAAUAUAAGACGAAGUGCACAUGGCUCAUUGAAGGACAGCCAAAUAGAAUAAUGAGACUUCGCUUCAACCAUUUUGCUACAGAAUGUAGCUGGGACCAUUUAUAUGUUUAUGAUGGGGACUCAAUCUACGCACCUCUGAUUGCUGCCUUUAGUGGCCUCAUUGUUCCUGAAAGAGAUGGCAAUGAGACGGCUCCUGAGGUCACUGUCACUUCAGGUUAUGCACUGCUGCAUUUUUUCAGUGAUGCUGCUUAUAAUCUGACUGGAUUUAAUAUCACUUACAAUUUUGACAUGUGUCCGAAUAAUUGCUCAGGCCGAGGAGAGUGUAAGAGCAGUAACAGCAGCAGCGCUGUUGAGUGUGAAUGUUCUGAAAACUGGAAAGGGGAGUCGUGUGACAUUCCUCACUGUACAGACAACUGUGGCUUUCCUCACCGAGGCAUCUGUAAUGCAAGCGAUACCAGAGGGUGCUCCUGCUUUCCUCACUGGCAGGGUCCUGGAUGCUCAAUUCCUGUGCCAGCUAACCAGUCUUUUUGGACUCGAGAAGAAUAUUCUGAUUUAAAGCUUCCCAGAGCCUCUCAUAAAGCUGUGGUCAAUGGAAAUAUAAUGUGGGUUGUUGGCGGAUAUAUGUUCAACCAUUCAGAUUACAGCAUGGUUUUAGCGUAUGACCUGACUUCUAGGGAAUGGCUUCCACUAAACCAUUCUGUGAACAGUGUGGUUGUAAGAUAUGGUCAUUCUUUGGCAUUACAUAAGGAUAAAAUCUACAUGUAUGGAGGAAAAAUUGAUUCAACAGGGAACGUGACCAAUGAGCUGAGAGUAUUUCAUAUUCAUAAUGAAUCAUGGGUAUUGUUAACUCCGAAAGCUAAGGAUCAGUAUGCAGUGGUUGGACACUCAGCACACAUUGUUACACUGGCAUCUGGCCGUGUGGUCAUGUUGGUCAUCUUCGGUCAUUGCCCACUCUAUGGAUAUAUAAGCGUUGUGCAGGAAUAUGACUUGGAAAAGAACACAUGGAGUAUAUUACAUACUCAGGGUGCUCUUGUGCAAGGGGGUUAUGGCCACAGUAGUGUUUAUGAUGACAGGACCAAGGCUCUGUACGUUCAUGGUGGCUACAAGGCUUUCAGCGCCAACAAAUACCGGCUUGCAGAUGACCUCUACAGAUACGAUGUGGAUACUCAGAUGUGGACCAUUCUUAAGGACAGCCGAUUUUUCCGUUACUUGCAUACAGCUGUGAUAGUGAGUGGAACCAUGCUGGUGUUUGGAGGGAACACACACAAUGACACUUCCAUGAGCCACGGUGCCAAAUGCUUCUCCUCAGACUUCAUGGCUUAUGACAUUGCUUGUGACCGAUGGUCAGUGCUUCCCAGACCUGAGCUCCAUCAUGAUGUCAACAGAUUUGGCCAUUCAGCAGUCUUGUACAACAGCACCAUGUAUGUGUUCGGCGGCUUCAACAGCCUCCUCCUCAGUGACGUCUUGGUCUUUACCUCGGAGCAGUGCGAUGCACACCGCAGUGAAGCUGCUUGUGUGGCAGCAGGACCUGGUAUCCGGUGUCUGUGGGACACACAGUCGUCUCGAUGUACCUCCUGGGAGUUGGCAACUGAAGAACAAGCAGAAAAGUUAAAAUCAGAGUGUUUUUCUAAAAGAACCCUUGACCAUGACAGAUGUGACCAGCACACAGAUUGUUACAGCUGCACAGCCAAUACCAAUGACUGCCACUGGUGCAAUGAUCACUGUGUCCCUGUGAACCACAGCUGCACAGAAGGCCAGAUCUCCAUUGCCAAGUAUGAGAGUUGCCCCAAGGAUAACCCCAUGUACUACUGCAAUAAGAAAACCAGCUGCAGGAGCUGUGCCCUAGACCAGAACUGCCAGUGGGAGCCCCGGAAUCAAGAGUGCAUCGCCCUGCCGGAAAAUAUCUGUGGCAAUGGCUGGCAUUUGGUUGGAAACUCGUGUCUGAAAAUCACUACUGCUAAGGAGAAUUAUGACAAUGCUAAAUUGUCCUGUAGGAACCACAAUGCCUUUUUGGCUUCCCUCACAUCCCAGAAGAAGGUGGAGUUUGUCCUUAAGCAGCUUCGAUUAAUGCAAUCAUCUCAAAGUAUGUCCAAGCUCACUCUGACUCCAUGGGUUGGUCUUCGGAAGAUCAAUGUGUCUUACUGGUGCUGGGAGGAUAUGUCUCCAUUCACAAAUAGUUUGCUGCAGUGGAUGCCAUCUGAGCCCAGUGAUGCUGGCUUCUGUGGGAUCUUGUCAGAGCCUAGUACUCGGGGAUUAAAGGCUGCAACCUGCAUCAACCCUCUCAAUGGCAGCGUCUGUGAAAGGCCUGCAAACCACAGUGCCAAGCAGUGCCGGACACCAUGUGCCCUGCGGACAGCGUGUGGCGAGUGCACUAGCAGCAGCUCGGAGUGCAUGUGGUGCAGUAACAUGAAGCAGUGUGUGGACUCCAAUGCCUACGUGGCCUCCUUCCCUUUUGGCCAGUGUAUGGAAUGGUAUACGAUGAGCAGCUGCCCACCUGAAAAUUGCUCUGGCUACUGUACCUGCAGCCAUUGCUUGGAGCAGCCAGGCUGUGGUUGGUGUACUGAUCCUAGCAAUACUGGGAAAGGAAAAUGUAUUGAGGGCAGCUAUAAAGGACCUGUGAAGAUGCCGUCACAGGCCUCUGCAGGAAAUGUGUAUCCACAGCCCCUUCUGAACUCCAGCAUGUGUCUAGAGGACAGCAGAUACAACUGGUCUUUCAUUCACUGUCCAGCUUGCCAGUGCAACGGACACAGCAAAUGCAUCAACCAGAGUAUCUGUGAGAAGUGUGAGGACCUGACCACGGGCAAGCACUGCGAGACCUGCAUAUCUGGCUUCUAUGGUGACCCGACUAAUGGAGGCAAAUGUCAGCCAUGCAAGUGCAAUGGGCACGCAUCACUGUGCAACACCAACACCGGCAAGUGCUUCUGUACCACCAAAGGUGUCAAGGGGGACGAGUGCCAGCUAUGUGAGGUAGAAAAUCGAUACCAGGGAAACCCUCUCAAAGGAACAUGCUACUAUACCCUUCUCAUUGACUAUCAGUUCACCUUUAGCCUGUCCCAGGAAGACGACCGCUACUACACAGCCAUCAACUUUGUGGCUACUCCUGAUGAACAAAACAGGGAUUUGGACAUGUUCAUCAAUGCCUCCAAAAACUUCAACCUCAACAUCACCUGGGCCACCAGCUUCCCAGCCGGAACCCAGACUGGAGAAGAGGUGCCUGUUGUUUCAAAAACCAACAUCAAGGAAUACAAAGAUAGCUUCUCUAAUGAGAAAUUUGAUUUUCGCAACCAUCCAAACAUCACUUUCUUUGUUUAUGUCAGUAAUUUCACUUGGCCCAUCAAAAUUCAGAUUGCCUUCUCCCAGCACAGCAACUUCAUGGACCUGGUACAGUUCUUCGUGACUUUCUUCAGUUGUUUCCUCUCGCUGCUUCUGGUGGCUGCAGUGGUCUGGAAGAUCAAGCAGAGCUGUUGGGCAUCCAGGCGGAGAGAGCAACUUCUUCGGGAGAUGCAACAGAUGGCCAGCCGCCCCUUUGCUUCUGUAAACGUUGCCUUGGAAACAGAUGAAGAACCUCCUGAUCUCAUUGGGGGAAGUAUAAAGACCGUUCCUAAGCCCAUUGCCCUGGAGCCCUGCUUUGGUAACAAAGCCGCAGUCCUCUCUGUAUUCGUGAGGCUCCCUCGAGGACUGGGAGGAAUCCCUCCUCCUGGUCAGUCAGGUGAGUCUCGCUGUGGCCAGUGCCCUGGUGGACAUUUCUCAGCAGAUGCCAAUAGUGUACAAGGAGAAGUCAGGAGCUGUAAGAAACCGGAAGCAGCAGCCGCCUGCACAGCCUGGAACCUGCAUUUGAUACUGGGGCAGGAAUUCGCCCUCACAGAGGGCGUGUGGUCCACGAAGCUGUCUACAGGGGAGGCUGCAGGCAGGAAGCAGGCGUGGGGCAGAAGACUGGGGACCCUUGAAGCGUCCAACUCAUGUGCAUGAUCAUGCAAGCUGUUUUCAUGGCUCACCCCUCUGUGUCCAGCAUCUAACCUUUUACUUCUGUGUAGGAAAUAAUUUAAUUACAAGUCCA